AUGCCUGUGCACCCCUUGGCCGAGCGCGGCCAGAACUCCCGGGUCGGGGCCCCGGAAUGGCGCGAGGCAGUCCAGGCUACGUCUCGCAAGGCACACCUUCUGACCGAUCGCUGCGGGCAGGAGGCGGUGACCAUGUGGCAGCCCAAGGACAGUGUGCUGGACCCCAGCGUGGCGCACCACCUGGGCUGCGCCGCCUACAUGGAGCCCUGGCCCUUCCGCGUGGAGAUGCUCAAAGUCGGCGGCGCGGUGGAGAAGCAGCCGCCGGGCGAAGGCGUCACGUCGUGGAAAGGCAAGAUGAAGCCGCGGGUCUGGUGCGCGCCUCCGCUGCCCGUGUCCCGCGAUGCGCACGCCCAGCAGGCCGCCGAGGUGGUGCAUGCGCACGCGCGCGGGGCGCGUCUCUCUGCUGCCCGCCUGGGCCAUGAGCAGCUUCAGGUCAAUGGGCAGCUGCAGCUGCAGCUGCUGCUGCGGCAGCGCGAAGCUAGAGACCGCCGGCUCAGCGAGGUGUGCAGGGGCCUGCUCAUCAACCAGCAGAGCGUCAAGCUGCGCGGCUACCGGCCCAAGUCCGAGAAGAUCCUGGACAAAGCUGACAGCAUGCUCACCUGGGAGAAGGAGGAGCUGGAAUCCAUGAAGAGAAAAAUGGAGAAAGAUAUGGAAAAAUCAGAGACCUUCGCUCAAGCUCUCCUGAAAGCUCUAGCCUCCUGCAGAGACACUCUGGGCUUCUACUGUCAAGAAAGGCUCCAAGCGGUGGACCUCAUAAACCAGCCACUGGACAAGGUUCUGGAGCAGGCUGGCAGACACUGGUGGGUGGACAUCACCCGACCCCCCACUCCUCGUACUCAGGGCCAGAAAACGCCUCCUCCCCCUGACCCUGUGGGCACCUAUACCCCAGCGUGCGCGGAGGCAUUAUACGAAGCCAAGCGCUUGUUUAUGGAGUCCAAAGACACCCUGGCAGAGAUCGCAAAGAAUGAGCUGGACAUUGAGAAACAACAACAGCAGAUCAGCGACCGCGUGUGCGCCUCCCUGGCGCAGAAGAUGCAUGAGACCUUGGAGUUGAAGGAAAGAAUAAACAUGACUUUAGGACUAAUGAGGGGAACUAUCCACCGGUACCAGAAAUUCAAUCAAGAGAUGUCCGUCACCCGUGGCCUCAUCAAGGGUCCUCUGUUGAAAAGUCACCUGGAGGCUGGAGAGAAACUGAACAGACCCCUGGUUCGCACGUACUAGAGACACGUGGGCACUCAGCUUCCCGAGGCUACACGCCUUGCCCAGGGCACUAACAAGCUGACAGGCCACAACUUGCACGUGGAAAAGAACUUGGCGGAGCUGCGCAGCACUCACGAUAACCUCGCCUGGAACUUCAACUGCAAGAAGGUUGGACAUGAUGUGGACUCCGACGUGGUGCGCCUGUGCCUACGCCAGCGGCACCCACACGUCUGCUAUGAGCAGGCUCAGCUUCUGGUCAAUGACUAGGACCCGCGCACACCACCAUGCAGCCAAACCAGUGCCUCCCCUAAGUGAUGGCAGCCGAUUUGUCCUUGGGCUUGAGUGCUUGUCCUUGGGUUUUGGCGGCUGGAGAGGAUGCUCCCAACUGCAUGGCCUUCCCUCCCCAGACCGACCUUCCUCCAGGUGCUGUCUAGCAGAGUUAUAAUA